UUGGCAUUCCUUACAUAUAUACCAAAAUCUGCCAUCGCAAGAAUCCACCUUCAGUCCUCAGCUACUAUAACCAGAUCACUCACCAAGUGGAAUCCAGGAGGGUGCCAUUUCUGGCGGCCAUGAGCUCGUCUGGCCUGGCACGGACGCUGAAGUCCCUGUGCAUCACCGGGGACCUGUCCAAGGCCGUGCGCCUCCUGUGGCAGAGCCCCUUGUGCCCCGGCGCGAGGACCUACGAGCUUCUGCUGCAAGAGUGCGUGCACCGGAGGGACGCGAGGCUCGGCAAGCGGAUCCACGCCCGCAUGGUCGCCACCGGGUUCCGCUGCGGCGAGUACAUCACCACCAAGCUGCUCAUCUUCUAUGCCAAGAUCGGGGACCUCGGAUGCGCGCAGAAGCUGUUCGACGGAAUGCUGCAGCGGAGCAUCGUCGCGUGGAACGCCAUGAUCUCGGGCUGCGCGCGCGGCGGCGCGGAGGCGCAGGAGCGGGCGGUGGAGCUGUUCGGCGCGAUGCGAGCGGAGGGGCUGGCGCCGGACCAGUUCACGUUCGCGUCCGUGCUGUGCGCGUGCGCGAGGCUGGCCGCGCUGGAGCCCGGCCGCCGCGUGCACGCCGUCGCGGUCAAGUCGGACGUGGGCGGGAACGUGUUCGCCAACAGCGCGCUCGUGGACAUGUACCUCAAGUGCAGCAGCCCCGAGGACGCGCGCCGGGCGUUCGCGGCGGCGCCGGAGCGGAACGUCACCAUGUGGACGGCGGUCAUCUCCGGGCACGGCCAGCAGGGGCGCGCCGCCGAGGCGCUGGCGCUGUUCGACCGGAUGGCGGCGGACGGGUUCCGGCCCAACGGCGUGACGCUCCUCGCCGUGCUCUCGGCGUGCGCGCACGCCGGGCUCGUCGACGAGGGGCUGAGGCGGUUCGCGUCCAUGUCGUCGGACUACGGGCUCGCGCCGAGGGGCCCGCACUACGCGGCAGUGGUCGACAUGCUCGCCAGGGUCGGCAGAAUACAGGAGGCCUACGAGCUCGUCGAGAACCUGCCGGACUGCCAGGAGCACUCCGUGGUCUGGGGCGCGCUGCUGGGCGCCUGCAGGAAGCACGGUGGCGACGUGGCCCUCGUCGAGCUCGCCUCGCGGCGGUUCUUCCGGCUGCAGCCCGGGAACACCGGCAAGUACGUGGUCCUGGCGAACACGUACGCCGCCCGCGAGAUGUGGGACAGCGUGGCCGGCGCGCACGAGGCGAUGCGGGCGCUCGGCGUGAAGAAGGACCGCGCCUGGAGCGCCGUCGAAGUGCAGGGCAAGAGGCACACUUUCCUUGCCGGAGACUCGUACCACGACGAAUACUCGGCGAUCUAUAAGGUCUGCACUGCAUUGGCCUUCGCUGUCUCCGAGCAAGCAACAGAUGGAGCCAGACGCUGCUGAUUGAUGCGCAUCGACCUGCGUGGUUAUUGCUGCAAUUCAGAAUGGAGAAACAUCCUGCACAGAGAUGGUAUCUUCUUCUUGUGUGAUCUGAAUGCCAAAUUGUUGGCUGCGCAGUGCGCAGUUUUGGUGCAAACAGUUUCCAGGGCUCAGGUUAAAAUUGCAGAUGCUCAGGUUUGCUACACUGUUUUUAGCGACGGAUGCUUGCCACAGCCUCUGAUGAACUGUGACUGAUGAAAUCUGAAGGAGCAGAGGAAGCACACAUACAGCCCGUUUAGUUUCCAAAAUUUUUUGGGGUGCUACAGUAACUGACAACAUUUUACUACUAAUUAGGAGUAUUAAAUGUGAAUAACUGACAAAACCCAUUCCACAACCCCGGGUGAAAUUGCGAGACGAAUCUUUUAAGCCUAAUUGGACCAUGAUUGGACAAUGUUGUACUACAGUAACCAACCUCUAAUGACGGAUUAAUUAGUCUUAAUAGAUUCGUCUCGUGAUUUCCCGUCCAUCCAUGUAAUUAGUUUUAUAAUUAGUCUAUAUUUAAUACUUCUAAUUAGUGG